GCCCGCUCCUUCAGGACUCUGUUGCCUCGGGACCAGCCCCUGCGUCCUGAGUCCCAUGGGUGUAUUUCCGUAGUGGGAUCACCCUCCUUCAACCCCACUUCCCUAUGGAAGCUACGCUAGCUCCGCGUCCCUGGCAUGGGGAGCGGGGCGGUGGGGAGACAGGACACAGGCUCAGGCGGUGCCUCUGGGGAGAGUGUGAAAUAAAAAAAUCCUGCAGCGACACUGCGUCCUGUGCAAGGCGGCGCUGGCUCUGAACAGGGAGAGCAGGGAACCCGCAGAGGCCAGAGGACCCCACCAGGCCAUGGCCAUCACCUUCUAGACUUUUUCAGCCCACACCAGGCCGCGCACGGGCGAUUUCUCCCUAAGAACAAAGGGUGGCACUCGAACCCAGGUCUUCGUCCCCACCGCACCCUCCACUCACAUCGGAUCCCAGCCUUCCCUUUCUGUCUGCUGUUGCUGCGGCCGCGGCCUGAGCCCCGCCCCGUGGGUUCGCACGUGGCCCCCGCCUGACCCGGCGCCCGGAGGCGGAGUAGGGAGGGGCGGGCGGCAAACGCAGCACUUUCCGCGGCUUUGACAAGCCCGCGGCGCCCGGGCCCGAGCGCUUAGCCGGGCCGAGACUGCGCCAUGCAGGAAGCGCCAGCAGCGCUGCCCACGGAGCCGGGCCCCAGCCCCGUGCCUGCCUUCCUCGGCAAGCUGUGGGCGCUGGUGGGUGACCCGGGGACCGACCAUCUGAUCCGCUGGAGCCCGAGCGGGACCAGUUUCCUCGUAAGCGACCAGAGCCGCUUCGCCAAAGAAGUGCUGCCCCAAUACUUCAAACACAGCAACAUGGCGAGCUUUGUGCGGCAACUCAACAUGUACGGUUUUAGGAAGGUGGUGAGCAUCGAGCAGGGCGGCCUGCUGAGGCCAGAGCGCGACCACGUCGAAUUCCAGCACCCGAGCUUCGUACGCGGCCGAGAGCAACUACUGGAACGCGUGCGGCGCAAGGUGCCUGCGCUGCGCAGCGACGACGGCCGCUGGCGCCCCGAGGACUUGGGCCGGCUGCUGGGCGAGCUCCUUCCUCUCUCGUGUCUUGGUGCCUCCAUCCAGACAAAUGGGCUGAACUGUGGAACUCUAUUCUCUAUGGAUGGACGAUCGUCUGAGUGGUCGUGGGUUCAGGCCUGCCAUUCUGUGGGGGGUGGUGACUGGGCGGACUCUCAGGUGCCUCAGCACCCCUCCCCCACGCCUUCCCGCAGGCAGAACGAGAUCUUAUGGAGGGAGGUGGUGACUUUACGGCAGAGCCAUGGUCAGCAGCACCGGGUCAUUGGCAAGCUGAUCCAGUGCCUCUUCGGGCCACUUCAGACAGGGCCCAGCAACGCAGGAGCUAAGAGAAAGCUGUCCCUGAUGCUGGAUGAGGGGAGCUCAUGCCCAACAGCAGCCAAAUUCAGUGCCUGCCCCCUACCUGGUGCCCUCCUUCAGGAUCCCUACUUUAUCCAGUCGCCCCUCCCAGAGACCACCUUGGGCCUCACCAGCUCUCACAGGGCCAGGGGCCCUAUCAUUUCUGACAUCCAUGAAGACUCUCCAUCCCCUGAUGGGACCAGGCUUUCUCCUUCCAGUGGUGGCAGGAGGGAGAAGGGCCUGGCACUGCUCAAAGAAGAGCCGGCCAGUCCAGGGGGGGAAGGCGAGGCCGGGCUGGCCCUGGCCCCAAACGAGUGUGACUUCUGCGUGACAGCACCCCCACCGCUGCCUGUGGCUGUGGUGCAGGCCAUCCUGGAAGGGAAAGGGAGCUUCAGCCCUGACGGGCCCAGGAAUGCCCAACAGCCUGAACCAAGAGGUCCCAGGGAGGUACCUGACAGAAUCCUUGGGAAUCUAAUGGGGGUGAACACUGCAGGCCGACAGCAGUUCUCUGUGCACAGGGGAACUCUGGGCCUGGACAGGGGCAUGCGGAGCCCAGAGAAUCUUCUGCCUCCCAUGCUGCUUCGGGCCCCCCCUGAAAGUGUGGAGCCUGCGGGGCCCCUGGAUGUGCUAGGCCCCAGCCACCAAGGGCGAGAAUGGACCCUGAUGGACUUGGACAUGGAGCUGUCCCUGAUGCAGCCAUUGGUUCCAGAGAGGAGUGAGAAUGAGCUGGCAGUCAAGGGGUUAAAUUCUCCAGGGCCAGGGAAAGACUCCACACUUGGGGCACCACUCCUGCUGGAUGUCCAAGCGGCUUUGGGAAGCCCAGCUCUCGGCCUUCCUGGAGCUUUAACGAUUUACAGCACCCCUGAGAGCCGAGCCUCCUACCUGGGCCCAGGGGCCAAUCCCUCCCCCUGAAACCCGCUCUGCUUUGAAGCCAGCCCUUCUCAGCUUCCUCGUGCCCCCCUAGAAGAGGCUGAUUGAAGACCCUGUUACUUCUCCAUUACUGAACCCUGCACAUAAACUGCAUUUUUUUUUUCUGUG